CGGUCUUAAACCCUAAAAAAUCCCCAAAUUUUCUUCAAGAAGGACUUUCAGGAAAUCAGUUUGUGAUCAUCUCCAAAAUCAAUGGCGAGGGUAGCUGUGAAUCCGAAAUCUUUCUUAAACAAUCUUACUGGGAAGACGGUCAUGGUCAAGCUCAAAUGGGGAAUGGAGUACAAGGGUACUUUUUUCUUAUGUUUAUUAGAUUCAUACAUGAACUUACAGCUUGCCAAUACUGAAGAAUACAUUUAUGGACAGUUUACUGGAAAUCUUGGGGAGAUUCUCAUAAGGUGCAAUAAUGUUUUGUAUCUCAACCUCCAUUUCUGUAUCAAGUGCAAGUGGAGAUAGUGACAGCUUGUGCAGGCUUACACAACUUCUUGCGAAAAGAAUGCCGUUUAGAUGAGUUUCCAAUCGAGGGAGAUGAAGAUAGCCAUCCAUCCUCAUCAACGCUUGAAAAUGACGACGAAGUUUUGACAUAAACUCAAGAACAACAACGUCAAGAAGCUAAUGCAUGGAGAAAGAAUAUAGCGGAUGAUAUGUGGGAUAAUGUUCGUGAUCAAAGUGAGUUAGAAUUGUAUUGAGACCAUUAAAAUGGAAGAAAAAAAUUAUCUCGUUGCACAACAAUAACAUACUAUUGAUACAGAGAUAGGAUCAUUUUUAUUUA